AUGCCCAGUGGUAAUCUUGAAGGUUUAGCACAGCAAAUAUAUUUCCCGCAAACUCGAGGAAAACAAGGAUGCAGCAAGACGAAUAAAAAGGAGACGCCUGGAUCAAGGAUAGAACGCCAACAGGAGGAAAGGGAUCGAGAUGAGGAAAGUUUGGACGAGGACUUUAUUUACUUGACCAUCCGAAAUAUUCUCGAACCGGUUGUCCGCUCUUCUAUUUUUGGCGCCCAUAGCAAUAUCGUCCUCGCCAUGCACACCGGUGCCCCCAUCAUUAUACUAAACCAAAAUGCGCGACGUGAACAGGGAAAAAAUGUUCAACAGGGGAAUAUUCAAGCAGGGAAGACUGUCGCUGAUGUUGUCCGCACAUGUUUGGGCCCGAGGGCAAUGCUUAAAAUGCUAAUGGAUCCCACAGGAGGAAUUGUUAUGACAAAUGAUGGAAACGCAAUUCUUCGGGAGGUAGUAUUGAUUUCAUCUCUAUAUUGUUUAGCUGGUGAAAUACUUGCGGCUGCGACACCGUGUUUAAUGAAGCAGAUUCAUCCCACUAAAAUCAUCUCGGCGUUUCGCCAAGCCCUAGAAGAUAUGCUUUCUGCCACCCAGUCCAAGUUCCGUAUUUCCGUUGAUAUUAAUAACAAGGAAGACGUUAUAAAUAUAGUCAAGAGCUGCAUCGGUACCAAGUUUAUAAACAAGUGGGCAGAUCUUGCCUGCAGUAUUGCUAUCGAUGCAGUCAAGACCGUUGCGUUCGAAAUAGACGGGCGCAAAGAGAUUGAUAUUAAACGUUAUGCAAAAGUUGAAAAGAUUCCUGGGGGGGCGAUUGACGACUCAGUUGUCCUGGAUGGUGUGAUGUUCAACAAGGAUGUUGUUCACCCCCAUAUGAGCAGGAGAAUCACAGAUCCAAGGAUAUUGCUUCUAGACUGCAACUUGGAAUAUAAAAAAGGGGAGAGUCAAACCUCGGUUGAAGUUGGAACAGAGAAAGAUUUCACUCGAGCGCUUGAGAUCGAAGAAGAGUACAUUAAAGAAAUUUGCGAUCAGAUUAUAAUGCUUAAGCCCAAUGUUGUUGUCACCGAAAAGGGCGUUAGUGAUUUGGCACAACAUUUUCUUGUAAAGGCUGGUAUUUCUGUCAUAAGGCGCUUGCGAAAGACUGAUAACCUUCGUAUAGCCCGGGCCUGUGGUGCCACAAUCGUUAGCAGUUUUGAUGAAAUCAAAGAAGAGGAUAUUGGUACAGGCGCAGGUCUCUUUGAAGUCAAAUUGAUCGGAGAUGAAUAUUUCACUUUUAUCUCCAAAUGCAAAGAUCCGAAAGCAUGCACGAUUAUCCUAAGAGGGGCCAGCAAAGAUAUACUAAACGAAGUGGAGCGUAAUCUCAAUGAUGCGAUGAAUGUCGUCCGCAAUAUUAUGCUUGAGCACUAUCUUGUUCCUGGUGGAGGCGCAAUCGAGAUGGCUCUUUCACAGGAGCUCACACAAAAAGCAAAAUCAUCCGUUUCUGGUGUGCAGCUGGUGGCCUAUCUUGCUUUGGCCCAAGCCCUCGAAGUUAUCCCUCGUACAUUGGUUCAAAAUUGUGGUGCUAAUGUUCUUCGUCAGAUGACCGAGCUUAGGGCCCGACAUGCUAUUGAUCCCGUCAAUAAUUGGACGAUUGGAGUGAAUGGUGAGACCGGUGAACUUGCUGACAUGACUGCGCUCAAGAUUUGGGACCCGCUUGUUGUCAAGUCUCAAAUAUUUAAAACGGCUAUCGAGACAGCCAUUCUACUUCUGCGUAUUGAUGAUGUCCUCUCUGGCUCUAAGAAGCAAUCCGGUGAUACCACGUCUGCACCUGCUGCCGAUUAA